UAUGUUAAAUGAAAGGUAUGUGUGAAUGAUGUUUAUAUUUAAUAAUAACUUUUCCUUUAAUUUUCACUAUAGCCAGUUGUGUUUUUAUGUCUGCUUAUAUUAUCAGUUUUUUACAUGGCUGCUUAUAUUAUCCUCACCAACUUCUGUAAACAAACACCUAACCUCAAGUGGCAACAAAAAUCCCCCACAAUGGAUUUCAAGCAUUUUGUCCCCAAAUUAAACCAACAUUCAGAAACCAGUUGGGGGAAAAAUGAGUACACCUUUCCUACUUCCACAACCAUUAAGAGAGUAAUUAGUAGCCAUGUGUUACAAAUAAAAUGAGUAAGAUUGGUUCAUCAUUAAGAAGUGUGAUUGCCUCUAUAAUAGCAGAAGUUUUGAUAGUUAGGUGUUCUGGAGCUCUCAGGUGUGUGUCUACACCAUGCCAAAAAGAAAGGACAUCAGCCAUAACCUCAGAGAAGUAAUUGUUGCUGCUCAUCAAUCUGGGCAGAGUUAUAAGGCCAUCUCCAAACAAUCUGAACUUUCAUCAUUUCUAACUCGAGAAGGAUUGUUUACAAACUGAGAGAUUUCAAGACAGACUGCCAGUCCUCCCUUGGGUGGGUGCCUCGGCAAAUUCUCCAAAUUCCAAGGUCAGAAAAACCCAAAAGCUACAUCAUGAGACAUAUAGGCCUUUGUAAGCACAUUAAAUGUUUGUUCGUGACAGCACGAAUACUGAACAGCUAUGUCUUUCAUGGAAGGGUGGCUAGGAAAAAGGCCUUCUCUCCAAAAAGAUUAUGGAGCGUGAACAAACCAUGAAAGUUCUGGAACAAUUUCCUUUGAACUGAUGAGACCAAGAUGGAGGUUUGGUCAUCGUGCACAGCACUAUGUUUGUUUGCCAAAAACCAAACGCAGCACAUCACCACAAAAACCUCAUACGAACUGUCAAGCAUGGUGGUUGGUGGAGGGGUAAUGUUCUGACCAUUCACCACUGAGAGCAUCUGCUGGAAAUCAGCUCCAUCCGUGAGAUGCAGGGUACAGUUCACAGACGGUUGCUGGAGGAGAGACAGGGAGAGCUGAAGACUGGCGCAGUGCUGCUGCUCAAACAAGUGAGCGUGUUCUCCCCCUCUAAUCGGAACCACUACCUGAACGUAACCCCCAAUAACCUUCUUCGAAUCUACCCUCCUGACGGAGCAGUCCACGCGUCCUCCCAGCAUUCUCAGCCUGCACUGCAACCUGCUGGAUUACUGCAUUGUGUGUCCUCCAAGCCUGAAGGGGGGCCCAUAUCUCAGAUGGAACUGCAUUUUGACGACCAUGAGGAUGAGGAGCAGGAGCAGGGCAGCAUCCCGGCUAAACCUAGGGUCCCAGCUAAUGGGGUGGUCCGGUCUACUACACGACCUGACUGCUCAGAGGAUGCUCAAUGGGAUGCAGGUGCAGUGAUGUCGAGAAACCGAAUGAUCUUGACGAGCUGCUUGGGGAGUUGCCUGUCGAGUCUUACUCCGCCUGACGCCGACACCAUUAAUAUAGAAAUGUGCCAGACCACAGCAAAAUGGCAUAGCCGAACAUGCUUUUUGUUCAGUUUGUGUUUCUGUAGAAGCUGUUGUAAGAUAUGUACAUAAUCAGAAAACAGUCAUCUAGACGAGAUGAAUAAAUUUUCGAGUUUGAACUGUC